ACCUUCUUUCCCCUGUGUUUCUUCUUUCCACCGUCAGUAACACACUGCGUGCUAAAUGGCCGACAGCCCGGUAAUCCACAGCGGUUGCAGCCCAUAAUCCCAACCGAUCAAACGGUGAGAUUACCAAACAUGUGGGAGGGGCAGAGCUGCAGAUAGGAGGACGGUGAGAGAGGGUGAGCUCAAACAUCACAGUGGCGAUGCAAACUAAGCAGGGAUUGGUGCACACAAAUAGCCAGCCAAUCACAGCGGAAGCAGGAAAAAUAACAAGGGCAGAGCUAGUAGAAGAGGGAAGAGCUAUGAGAAAGCGAGAAAGAGGGUGAAAUCACAGCAGCGAAGAGGAGAGACCAAAACAAGGAGGAGAGGAAGGAUGAGUGGAGGAGCGAGCGCUGAUCAGUGAGGUCUCCAGAGAGGAGCGAGGAGAGGAAGGAGAUGAGCAAGGAGAGGGGGGUGAGCAGCCAGCACUGAGAACAUCCAUCAGCUCAGGCAGCCAUGCUCUGAGCCCUGGAACAGCAGGGCUACGCAGACACUGCACAGGCCCAGCAUCAGGCCCAGCUCAGCCCUCCAGCCCAGCCACAAACACCGAGGCAGGGAUAAAAGAAGAUUCCACUCACAUCAGCUGUGCAUGAGAGCCAUGAGGACAUCCAGGAAGGGCAGCGUGGAGAUGCCUGCGUUUAUGCGGCAGCUGGUGAAAGAGACGGAGAAGAGGGUCAGCUCUUUCUUCAAAGGGGGCCGUGGAGGAGCAGCAGAGGGAGAGCAGCCAGGGGAUGGGGAGAGAGAGGAGGUCAUCCCUAGCCCCUACCUGGACCGGCCGGUCCUGGACAAGCUUACUGAGGAGGGCUGUGCCCGCUGGGGCCUCACCUAUGCCCUGGGAAGCAUGCAGGGCUGGAGGGCCAACAUGGAGGACUUCCACAACUGUGUGCCACAGCUGGGUGGAGAGCUGGCCGACUGGAGCUUCUUCGCUGUGUUCGAUGGUCAUGCAGGCAGCACGGUGGCACAGUACUGCUCCCAGCACCUUCUGGGUCAGAUCCUGGCCACAGGUGGGAUGGGACCAGAGGACGACCCUGAAAGGGUGAAAGGAGCCAUCAUCGAGGGCUUCCUGCAAACAGACAAGCACCUGAACUCUGUGGCACGUCGAGAAGGCUGGGAGAGGGGUGGUACCACUGUGGUGGCCGCUCUCAUCUCACCAUAUUACAUCUACUUCGCCAACUGUGGUGACUCGAGGGCCAUGCUGUGCCGGUCUGGCCAGGUCUGCUUCUCCACCGAGGACCACAAACCUUACAGCCCUCUGGAGAAAGAGCGCAUUGAGAGCGCAGGCGGCUCCGUGUCCAUCCAACGGAUCAACGGCUCUCUGGCAGUGUCCCGUGGUCUGGGGGACUUCAGCUACAAGGGAGCAGAGAACCGGACGGCCACCCAGCAGAUGGUGUCACCAGAGCCAGAGGUGUGUGUGGUGGAGCGCUCACCGGCAGAUGAGUUCCUGGUGCUCGCCUGUGACGGGGUGUGGGACACCAUCAGCAACGAGGAGCUGUGCGCCUUCAUCCACAACCGGCUGCAAGUCUGCACUGACCUGAGGGACGUCUGCACCCAAGUCAUUGACCUCUGCCUCUAUAAGGGCAGCCUGGACAACAUCAGCAUCAUUCUGCUGUGCUUUCCUGGAGCCCCCCAGCUGUCAGCAGAGGCAUUACACCAGGAGGCCGAGCUGGAGGACCUGCUGGAGUCCAAAGUAGCAGAGAUUUAUGAUGAGCUGUGCGCCAGAGGGGAGGAACCUGACCUGCUGUCUGUCCUCACAGUCCUCGCAUCCACUGUCAUCCCUGGAUUACCACCAGGUGGAGGCAUACAGAGCAAAAGGAACUGCAUUAUUUCUGCUUACUACCAACAAAGAGAGACUCACAAGCCCACUCUACCAAAUGGUCUGGGAGGCUCCUGAGAAGCACGACUGGUUUCCUCGGAUCCAUGGAGGGACUGUAAUUAAUGUCAAUUAAUUAUUAAUGUUUUCUUCAUGUGUGCACUUUGACAAAAAGGGAAAUGAUGAACAGACAGGGGUGUUUGUUUACAUCAUACUAGCAAGCAGCAUCUUGUCAUAACAAAUACAAUGCAAAAAUAGAUCUAAUAAAGCCUGAUACAUUUUAUAUUUAUACAAGAAGGACAUUUUGUAAGACUUACUCAGAGACACUGACCCAGCAACAAACCUCUGCCUCAUAUUCAGUGAACAGAAGAUACAGAUGAAAAUUUCAAAUAACAGUCUGUAGAAACUGAAUAACAACCAGCUGUGAAAUUGUACGUUUUCAUUGGAUAUAAUAUGGAACAUGAGUAUACGUGUGUAGAGUUGUAUUUUAAAGAUGAUGUUUUAAGAAUAGAUAUAGUAAAAGGAAGGGGAAAUGUGUUAGUGCUAGCCAAGAGCUAACGUGCAGCUAACAUAUAUCCAUUUGCAUCAACAGGAAGUGCUAACAGUGCUAACCGUGCUAACAGUGCUAACAGCUGAUGGGAAUGCACAAAUUGAUCUUUUUCCCUCAUGGCCGAAAGUGCCAGGCAAAUAAAAACUAAUUAAAUGUUUAAAUCUACUAAAUAAAUCUCAACACACACUUAGUCAAGAAAAAAAUACAUUUCACACAUAAUCUAAACUCCUUUUGAAGAGGUGUUCACGUCUACAAUUUUUAGUUUAUUUUAAACAUGUAGAAUAAGAUCCACUCGGCUGGAGUGAGGUUAUGUGUUAUGUUAUGAGUUAUUUGUUAAAAUAGUUUGAUAGAUUAUAUACGGUUAUGAUUUGAUUGUUACCAAAAUCUGAACUAAAAGCAUCCCAAAUACCCUAAAAUCUUUAUUUCUUGACCGAUCAAAAUCUGUUUUACAUGAAUAAGUUCUAUGCCUACAUACUUUUUGCAAUUCUUUCUAUAUAUUAACCAUAUUUCUAAACAUUUUUCUUCAAUACAGUGUAUGUGAAAUGUGUUUUUUCCAUAAGUUUGAUGAUGUAUACUGUGCUGCCUUAUUCAUCUUUUAUAUAGUAAAGAUAAAAACAAACAGCAUCAGAACAGAUCAGUUUCAGGAAGGGUCAUUUUAUCCACAUCAUAUAAUGCAUUGUUAUAUUAUUUCAGUGAGUAUUUUUCUGUGUAUAGACAUUAUAUAUUAAGAGUCAUGAUUGUUUUAAACCUAAAUAAAGAGUAUUUAAUUGA